GUUUGUUUUUCUCUUUCUUUUUUGAAUGUUCAGGUGUGCCCCUAGACCCUCCCAGUCCCCCAGGUGCUUCCUUAAAGAUGCAGGUAAACGCCUCAACCUGAGACCUGAUCAAGGACAGAACCCUUGGUGGAGAUCCCAGAACAGCUGGUUGUUCUAAUUCGGGUAAAACCAUGGCAAAUUCAGGACUUCAACUGCUCGGCUUUACUUUGGCCUUGCUCGGCUUUAUUGGCACAAUUGCGUGCACCAUCAUGGUGGAGUGGAAGGCUUCAUCAUACGCAGGAGACAACAUCAUCACGGCGCAGGCCAUGUAUGAGGGGCUGUGGCAGAGCUGCGUGUCACAGAGCACAGGACAGAUUCAAUGCAAAGUCUUUGACUCCAUCCUGCAGCUGCCAGCGAUGGUUCAGGCCACAAGAGGUUUGAUGGUGACCUCCAUCCUGCUGUGUUUCUUCGCCAUGAUGGUGGCUAUCUUUGGGAUGGAGUGCACGAAUUGCAUAGAGAACGGGUCUGCAGCGAAGGAAAAAGUGGCUCUGGUUGGAGGAGUGAUUUUCAUCAUUGCAGGCCUGCUUGCUCUUGUAGGAACAUCCUGGUAUGGUAGCAGAAUCACCCAGGAGUUUUACAACCCCUUCACUCCCACCAACUCCAGGUAUGAAUUUGGGAAAGCCUUGUACAUUGGAUGGGCAGCCGCCAUGCUGAUCCUUAUGGGAGGGGGCUUCUUGAGUUGCAGUUGCCCCAAAAAGGACACAGGGCGGCCAGCAGGACGCAAGAGCCAUGUUUAAGCAAAUGCCGACUGUUGCAGCUUCUUACUGCUCAUCUCUUUAAUAGUUUCACGAUGCUUUCUGCAGAAUUAAUCACAGCCUUUUUACAUCCAAAUGAUUAUUACUGGAGUCUGCUUGUGAGGAAAAAAAACUUAAAAAAAA